AUGUCUGCUUCACGAGCUUUCGUUCCCGCCUCCCAGAGCUCAGCCUUCUGGUUACCCUGGGAGCAGUGGGAAUCCGUCGCAGUCAAUAUCUCGCGCGUGCCGAGAGAGGCAGAUACCAAAGCCCUGUGGAAUGCCUUUUCCAGGGAAGGUGAGAUCCGUUCCAUCGACAUUUUCGAUGACCGGCAUGGAGCCCGUAGCUUGAAGGGCCGGAUUCGGUUCAAGCGGCCUCCGACAACGGUCUUCUGGCGAAGUGGCGUCUACCAGAUCCCGCUGCCAGGUAGGCGUGUCGUAUAUAUUGGAGUGGCACUUGACCGAAGUUGCCCAAGUCCCUUCCUAAAGAGCCCGAGUCGCGAGAAUGUCUUCUAUCCUCGAGAGAGUCAAGAGCUACCUUGCAAGAGGUGUGAUAUUGGGGUCCUGGUAGACGGAUCCACCACCUGCGCCAUGCGGACUUUCUCAGAUGAGGCAAAGCCCAGGAUGGUCGUGGAUGUCCGAGCAAAGGCACUGUUCGCACAUUUCAAUGUGGUUCUUCACCACUCCCGACCAGUUGCUGCCGGUGUACCCGAAAUGAGUGCUUCCACCUACAGGCUAAAGAUCCCCUUCCUUCAGCUAGCACGCGUGUGGGAGGCUUACGAAGAAGACUCUCACGAGGUGUCUCUUGUCAUAAUCCUGGACUCUCCCCCUCUCUAUCACCGACAGUCCACAGACAUCCUUACUACCUUCAGUACCCAAACCACCUGGCGGGACAGUGAUGCAUGGCUGCGUCAGACUUCUAUCGCGCACAGCUUGGGCCACCAGGUCAAAGCCCCCACUAGCCUACGUAGGGUAGGUCAGAUCAUUGAUCUUGGUAGAUGGAAUGUUUUCAAGUUUACAUUUUCCACUGAUCACCUCCUUGAGACUGAAUUCAAGCUCGUCCAGGAGAUGUUGAAAGACCACAAUGUUUUCAUCGAGGGUGGAAAGCAUUUCAAGAGCAGUCCUGAGCGCCCGGAUCCUGUGUGGCGAUGGAUUGAUAUCCCCGACUCGAAAACACGUUUCUCUUCGACGCUGGAGGAGAUCGCAGAUCAGGACUAUGUGCACCUGCCCUUUGCCGUCCGCUACCAGCUGGAAGUUUGCAUUUCACAUGGACACCUCUCCGAGUUUACAAUGUCUCGUCAAUUUGUCGUGCAUCUGAUGGACCUUGGGGUUGCUUCAGCCGUAAAACUUCUGGAGCACGUCGCUACGGAGAGAAAGCAGUAUCUUGAUCCCAUGAAGAUCUUCAACAUAAAAUAUGGUAAUGGGGUCUCGGGCUCGAUCAUCCCAGCCUACUGCUGUUUCAUGCGUUCUGCGCGGGUUACUCCAACCACUAUUCACUAUAACACCCCGACCCUCGACGCCUCGAAUCGGGUUACUCGUCACUACCAGGAGUACCUUGAUCGCUUCCUCCGUGUUCGAUUUACAGAUGAAAAGUCUCAGGGUCGGAUCUAUUCGACCAGUUACCGCUCAAAUGAUGAAAUAUUCACUCGGGUCAAGAGAACCUUGGCCAACGGGAUCACCAUCGGCGAUCGUCACUACGAGUUUUUAGCAUUCGGCAACUCUCAAUUCCGCGAGCACGGUGCAUACUUCUUUGCCCCAACAAGUAACCUCACGGCUGCUCAUAUCCGAGCCUGGAUGGGUCAAUUCAAUCACAUCCGAAAUGUCGCUCGAUACGCAGCACGCUUGGGUCAGUGUUUCUCAACCACGCGAGCGCUCGCCGGCUGUCGAGUGAAUGUCAAGAGGAUCCCGGACAUUCUUCGCAAUGGCCAUUGCUUCUCUGAUGGGGUGGGAAAAAUCUCCAAAUUCACAACCAGAAUCAUCUCAAACGAGAUGGGCGUCGCAGAUCCUUACGGCAGGCCUCCAUCCGCUUACCAGUUUCGACUGGGUGGGUGCAAAGGCAUGCUGACUUAUUCAUCGGAUCCUACAGUAAACGAUGUGCACAUUCGUCCGAGCCAGUUCAAGUUUGAGGCUGGACACAAUCGUCUCGAAAUUAUUCGGUGGUCACAGUUUUCCGCCGCAACUCUGAACCGCCAGCUGAUUCUGGUUCUUUCAGCUCAGGGUGUGAAGAACCAAGUCUUCCACGACAGACUCAACGUCAUGUUAGAGAGCAUCAACUAUGCAAUGAACAACGACAAUCAGGCUAUUGAGUUGCUCCAGAAGUUCGUUGAUCCCAACCAAAUAACCCUAUCACUGUCACAGAUGGUGUCUGCUGGAUUCCGAAGCACGAAGGAGCCCUUUGUCAGUUCCCUUCUCGGUCUGUGGAAAUCCUGGCAUAAGAAACAUCUCAAGGAGAAGGCCAAAAUCUUAAUCGAACACGGGGCAUCUCUGCUUGGCGUUCUUGAUGAGACUGGAACUUUGAAGGGCUACUUUGACCGCCAGGUGACAAGACAAAGGGUGACGGAAAAAGAGAAACUGGCGGCCCUUCCGCAAAUCUUUGUCCAAAUUAGCAGUAUGGAGAAGGGCGUCUCGGCGAGGGUCAUCCAGGGUGUUUGCAUUGUGGCCCGGAACCCAUCGCUGCAUCCAGGCGACAUUCGUGUGGUGCAUGCUGUCGAUUGCCAUGAACUAAGGCACCUCGUCGAUGUGGUCGUAUUCCCCCAAACGGGUGACCGAGACAUCACUAGCAUGUGCUCUGGAGGGGAUCUGGACGGGGAUGACUACCUCGUUAUCUGGGACAAGGACCUUAUUCCAAGAGACUGGUUCACACGGCCCUGGAAAUAUGCCACCAGAAAGGCCCCGGACCUUGAUCGCGAUGUGACAGUCGACGAUAUCACUUCGUUCUAUGUCACGUACAUGAAGAAUGAUAGCUUACCCCGAAUUGCCCAUGCCCACAUGGCACAUGCAGAUCGUCUUGCCAAUGGGGUCCGUGAGCCCAAGUGCAUUCGUCUCGCUCAGUUACACUCAGAUGCUGUGGACUACAACAAGACAGGGUCUCCUGCUAUCAUGGGGCGCGAUCUCGAGCCACAUAUCUGGCCGCAUUUCAUGGAUAAGAGGCACAAACGAACCUAUCAAUCAAAGAAAAUUCUGGGUCAACUGUACGAUGCUGUAAAGAUGGAGGAUUUCUCGCCCAGCCUGAGUAACCCUUUCGACUCUCGGAUUCUUCAAUGCGACCUGGUGGGAAACAGCAAGAAAUACGACCAUUUCGCGAGCGAAUUGAAGGUAGAAUAUGAUGCAUCAAUGCGACGAAUCAUGGCCAAGUAUGGUAUCCAGACCGAGUUUGAGAUCUGGUCAGCCUUCGUUCUUAAACACAGCGGUAUGUGCCGGGACUACAAAUUACACGAAGAACUAGGCACAGUGGCGAGUAGUCUUCGAUUAGGUUUCCGAGAGCAGUGCUAUAAGGAGGUCGGCAAGCGGGACUUUGGGCAAAUUGCGCCCCUGGUCGUUUCCAUGUACCGCAUCACUCAUCAAGAGGUACAGGAUACGAUGGCUGCACGGCGAGGUGAAAACAGGUAUGAUGAUGACGAUGACGACGGCCUAUUACCCGAUGAACGCGAGACCGAAAUCAUCAAAAUGCCUCUCAUCAGCUUCCCCUGGGUUUUCGAUGGUAUCCUGUGUAAAAUUGCCAGGAGUGCGGCUGGUGAGCUGCGCCCUGCGCAGAUGGAGGCGAAGGCUUUAGAUGCCAAAAACAACAUAGCUAAAACCUUCUCGCAUGCGGAGGUCAUGAAGAUCAUGGGCCAAAUCGAAGAUUCUGAAUUCAUUGCCAAGUUCGAGGGAGAUCAAGACGAGGCCAAAUUACCUGCGAAGUUAGACCGGAAACUUGGCAUGAAUGAACCACAGUAUUUUGGUGACGAGGACCUUUAUGAGAACAAUCUCUGUGAAGACAGGCUCUAUGAGGUGGCGGGUGGGGAUCUCUCUCUGGCACCCAAUGAAGUCCAAGAUGUCGUGAAGGCCGAGCGGCUUGUCAACCCUUCGGCAGUUGACGAGUCGUCUGAGGGAAGUGGGUGGGUGGUCGAGGAUGCUCAGGAUGGUGUCGAGGUUGUCGAUGAGGAUGACGAAGCCGUGGAUAUCGUUGAGCUUGAGGGAGAUGUGAAGCCGUCUGCGAUGGAUGAGUUGAUCGCACUGCUAGGGGACGGCGACGAUGAAGAGAACGGUGAUUGGCGAAUGGGGCAGGUGGUUUGA